AUGAAUCAGGGCGAGCGCAACGACCUCGGCGGCGCUCCCAUGGUAAUCCAGCAGCAAUUUGCCAGGUACCCUGCAUCGCUGGAACCGGGGUUGCAUAGCGCGUCGUCGAUUGGCAGCGCAAAUUCGCAAGUCGCCAGCUCCAAAUCUCCCCCGCUCCAUCGCAAAGCGACUCCCCGCAGUAUACAAUCGUCGCCCACGGUCCCGCGCCCAGCUAUCCCUCCGGGUCCACCUGUGCGCUCGGGGCCGUCGAUGUCUCCUCCGGUAUAUGAUCCCUCGCGCCAAAAACAGUCAGAUGAAAACAGGGUCGACGUUCGAUCUUUACCAUCUCGCGAGAUCACCGACGAAAACAUUGACGAUGCCUACAUUCUUUUCAUCUUCUAUUGCAACCCCAACGUGCCCCUCUCCGCUGAUUCAACCGAGUUGCGCAAAACCUUUCGAUGUCCUCCCCGCAGCGACGGCAAGAGCUUUAGCAUUUUUACGUUAUGGGAACUAAUCAAGAAGCUCGACAACAAGGAGCUUAAAACAUGGAUUCAGCUUGCGAUUGAGCUGGGCGUUGAGCCGCCUGAUAUGGAAAAGAAACAAAGCACUCAAAAGGUUCAACAAUAUGCAGUGCGCCUGAAACGUUGGAUGCGCGCAAUGCAUGUCGACGCGUUUUUCGAGUACUGUCUAGGUCAUCCGCACUCGUACUACACACAGUUGCCACCGAGUAACGCCGUGGUUAGCGACAGCCGUGACGGGGUCCCCUUGGAAGAGGAUCUCGCCUUGCGAGCCCUAGUCCCUCAGUGGAAACCAAAACGAGGAAGAAAGAGGGCGGAGGAGAAAGAUAACUUGAGCGAGAGGGCUCUAAAGAGGCCGCAACUCGACACUUCUGUUGCUACUUUCCAAGCAAACACAUUUGCUGCCCAUUCUCACGCAUUUCCUCAAAGCGCUAUUCCCUUCAGCGCGUUUCCAGAUGAUCUGGAACCGCACGACCCGUGGAUUACAGCGUCCUCGUUCCCAACCGACGCGCCUACAGAUGUGACUAGUACUCAACAGGGGCAAGAUUUCCGCUGGAAAGCCGAUCGUGAAGCGUCCCCUGCUGGUUAUCCACAAUCGGCCGUCAUCCCGAGAGGCCAUCACUCUUCGGACGUCUUUAUUUCGACCACGGAGCCACGGUCUGCAGUUACACCAUCCUCCGGAGAUAAGUCCCGUUCUAAAAGACGACACGGGCCUGCUGUCUCGUCUGCCUGGCCUAACAUCACGACUUCUUCUACUGGGAAGAUGCGCGGCAGGCCUCCGAAUAGGGGAACGAUAUCAGGGCCAUUCUCGUCAUUUCCUGUCAAUCCCAACCGGUCUGAUCCGUCUCAUCUUCACAGCACCGAGGUUAGACCCUCACCCUCCAUUGUCCUGCAUCAAGAUCCUACCAGUUCCCAAUACAACCAAUCCCCGACACCUUUGCAUACAGGUGGAAAACCCAAUAAGCUCCAGCUACAAGUACCCCAGCACUCCGGUGCGCCCGUCCGACUUGCGACCCCGCCUACAUUACUUGUUAACGGGGUGACCAAUCAGUCGGUUGCCAUGAAAAACGGCACCACAAGUUCCCAAGCGCAUGUGUCUGGUACAACUGCAUCUAAUAUCAAUCAGAGCGGUGUCCCCAGCACCGUAAUAAGUCCUGAUGACGUGAUGCGAAUACUCUCGGGCGAGCUACUACAGGCAAAGUUCAUCGGUCGGCAAGUUCCUCUGAGUGUGGAAGAGGCACGGGCUCUAGCGUCCGUAGUGGUGACCGAUCUGACGGUUUCAUACUCCAAAUUACCUUCCGACUGUGCUGCUCUAGCCUCAGCACUGCACCUUGGACUAGGACCGCACUUCGGUUAUCCAGGGGUCGCGAAGAGCACAAUGACGGUACAUAUCAAACCGAAACCUAGAAUUACUGGUAGCUCCGCGACCCCGAACUUGAACCAUGGCGCCAUGGCCCCUUUAUACAGCCUUUAUUUUGAGCAGAGGUACGGAUCAGGCAUGUCGAGUAGAGUCUCGUUUGGAGAUCUACACAUUGGCAACUUCAGCAGCAACCCCUCAAUAGCAUCUGGCACAUUCGACAACGUCCCACGGCCAAAUGAUGAACUGGACAACAAUGUCGCUGAUUUGGAGAGUUUGACUGACGCUGAAUAUGAAGUGGACGAUGGAGAAAGCGUCAUACCUGAAACGACAUGGAAGCAGCGAUACAUGAAGCUCCGCGCACAAACGCAGAAGAGAGAACGAUCCUUGUCUCAAUACAAGCGCAAGAUCCUCGAGUCUGUCAUGGCAGAUAUAUAA